AUGCAUGCCCGCGCCAAGAACACCCACGCCGUACUCCUCCCCAGCCGUCAAGCGCGCACGCAGCACUCCCCCGACGAACAAUACCCCGCCGCGAAUCCCGGCCGCAAACCCCACGGCAUGCCGCCACCACUCAGCAACCGCAACCAACACCUGCACGCCCACCCGCGCUUCGCCCCAACCUCAAAACCCCGCGCGUCCCGGCCUCGAGCUAGCCGCAAAACACCGCCAUCCUCAAUCCACCGUCAAUUCGCGGCUCUGACCACCUUUGUUCCCCUGCUCAAUCCCCGCCGUGCCCUGUUCGUUGCCCCGCCCCGCCCGAAAGGAGGGACACAGGAGAAGGAGCUUGCCCCGCCACCGGAUAGGAACGAUAACUGCUAUUGCUCAAGCGUGCACGGCUCGACCAAGGUGUCUGGACAAGCAGCAUCAGUUCGUGUGACGGCUGACAGGUGUGCCUUUUACGGCUGCAUAUUGCUCGGCUGGCAGGUUUUGAUGGAGCCAGCCGUAUUGAACCGUGAAAGAGUUGCAUUGGACAAGAAAACCAGGAUGUCUGUCUUCAGGUUGUUCGACGACUAUAGCGAUGAAGAUUUUUAUGGGGUACAACGGAAGUAUAGUAUUGUCGCUCGAGUUGAAGUUAAAUUCCCGAUUGAACCACGUUAUCGUGACAGGCAACAUUACAUUUUGUCUGACAUCAAUGGAGCCAAGAUCGAGGCCAUUGCAACUCGGUAUGAGAUAGUCAAAAACUUCAACAGUUUGCUCCAUGAAAAGCAUGUCUACAAGAUGCACAACGUAUGGUUUGGUCUUAAUCCGGGUGCAUUUAAUUUUCGACAUCUAAAUGGUACCAUGGAGUUGUAUUUCACCCACCAAACUGUCGUAGAGCCAUACACUGUCCCAGUUCAAAUGCCGCCAUUUCCAAAACAUAUAUUCUUGAACCUUGAUGAUAUUGCCGAGCUGCCAAACAGGACUUUAGUUGACAUUAUGGCUAUUGUAGUCCACUUGGAUACAAUCCAUCGCACAAUGUGGGGUACAUUCAGGAAGAUUGUUAUAAUGGAUGCUAGGUGGUCUUUACAUACCAUUAAAGUUUGGGGCGAUUUACUAAACAAAAAUGCACUCCGUUGGGCGUUGGCUAAUGAGAAUUAUAGCAUCAUAAUUGGGACCAUGUUUCGGCGGUUCAGAAAACAAGAGUGUCUCGAAUCAACUGACCAUACAACAAUACACUUCAAACCGUUCCAUCACAACACCCAUUAUUUUGAACCAAUUCAAAAGGCUUUGGUGGCGCGGAACGAUCGUCAGUUUGCCGUUAGAUAUCUUGACGACCAAAGGCGUAGAUAG